AUGGCAGUAUUUGAUUCAAUGAAAGAAAGAAAGUUACUUAUUCAAGUUCUUUCACAAAAUCAUUAUAAUAUACAAUUAAGAGAUGAUGUAGUUAACGCUGCUCAAAAAACCAUUACAGUUAAAAAGAUGUUAAAUAAUGCACAUGAUAAAAAUGAAAUAAUUGAAUUAUGUCAUAAUGGUUUAAAAACAAUAAAAGAAAUGCAAAGACUAAUUGAUAAAAUAAAAAAUGAAAAUCAUCAAUUUGAUUCAAAAUCUGAUGCAGUUAUUGCAUCAAAUAUUUUAAGAGCACUUUCUUAUUUUAAUGGAACAUUUGGAUUUUAUUUAAUUGGAGAAAUUGAAGUUUGUUAG